AUGUCUGAGAGUAGGGGCGCCAAACCCGGUCCCGAGCCGGCGGACCGGGUGGCUAUUGGUAUCACCUUCGGCAACUCCAACAGUUCGAUUGCGUUUACUGUCGAUGACAAGGCGGAUGUUAUUGCCAAUGAGGACGGAGACCGACAGAUUCCUACUGUUCUGUCGUACGUCGACGGUGACGAGUACUACGGUGCGCAGGCCAAGGCUUUCUUGGUGCGCAAUGCCUCUAAUUCGAUCGCUUACUUCCGGGAGUUUCUGGGCAAGGACUUCAAGUCCAUCGACCCUACCUACUGCCAUGCCGCUGCUCACCCCCAGGACAACGCCGGCAACGUCUUCUUCUCCGUCAAGGACAAGGACGCCGAGGGCGAAGCUUCGUCCGUCUCUGUCAGCGAAGCUGCCACUCGCUAUCUGCGCCGUCUCGUCACCUCUGCCUCGGACUACCUUGGCAAGAAGGUGACCUCGGCCGUCAUCACCGUGCCGACAAACUUCAGCGACAAGCAGCGCGAGGCCCUGAUAAAGGCGGCCAACGAUGCCGACAUCGAGGUUCUGCAGCUCAUUUCUGACCCUGUCGCCGCCAUGCUGGCGUACGAUGCUCGCCCUGAAACUGUUGUCGAGGACAAGAUUGUCGUUGUUGCUGAUCUCGGCGGCACUCGCUCAGAUGUUGCUGUUGUCGCCUCAAGAGGCGGCAUGUACACCAUCCUGGCUACUGCGCACGACUACGAGUUUGCUGGUGUCCAGCUUGACCAGGUGCUCAUGGACCACUUCGCAAAGGAGUUUAUCAAGAAACACACCACCGACCCCCGAUCCAACGCCAAGAGUCUGGCCAAGCUUCGACAGGAGUCCGAGGCUACCAAGAAGGCACUCUCCCUGGGAACAAAUGCCCAGUUCAGCGUCGAGAGUCUGGCAGAGGGCUUCGACUUCUCAUCCACCAUUAACCGCCUGCGAUACGAAAUGAUUGGCCGCAAGGUCUUUGAGGGCUUCAACCGCCUUGUCGAAGGCGUCGUCAAGAAGGCUGAGCUGGACGUCCUCGACAUCGACGAGGUCAUCAUGUGCGGCGGCACAUCCCACACGCCCCGCAUCGCCAACAACCUGCGCAACAUCUUCCCCGAGAGCACCAAGAUCCUCGCCCCGGCCACCAGCGUCAGCGCCAUCAACCCGUCCGAGGCUCAGGCUCGCGGUGCCGCCCUCCAGGCCUCCCUGAUCCAGGAAUACGAAGCCAACGACAUCGAACAGUCUACCCACCCCGCUGUCACCACCGUCAAGCACAUCUCCAACGCCAUCGGCGUCGUCACCAUCAACACUGACGGCGAAGAAGUGUUUACCCCCAUCAUGCAAGCCGAGACUGCGGUCCCUGCCCGCCGCACCGUGCACAUUGCCGCCCCCAAGGACGGCGGCGACGUCCUCAUCAAGGUCGUCGAAGGCGGCACCCACAUCAAGGUCACCAAGCCCGAGCCCAAGGCCAAGGAGCCCGUCAAUGGCGACAAGGACUCCGACGCCGACUCGGAUUUCGAUUCAGAGGAGGAAGAAGAGGAGGAGAAGCGUGAGAAGGUCUGGAAGCUCGGCAAACAGCUCGCCGAGGCUGCUAUCAGGGGCGUCAAGAAGGGCGGCAAGGUCGAGGUCACCAUCAACGUGUUGGCUGAUCUCGGCGUCACCGUGACUGCCAGAGAAGUCGGUGGAAAGGGCGGCGUCAGGGGUAACUUGGCUGCUUAA